GCAACAGGAGCCCGUGCGCGGCGGGGCGCGGCGGCGCGUUGUGCGUGGUUACUGACAGGCACCAGCUGCCGCGCUAUGUGGCCGCUCGGAGCGACAGGCAGAUUCCAGACUAAUCCCGGAGGGCUGGCCCAGCCCGAGCUGCCGGGGCUGCGAGGAAGCGAUGACCACUCCUGUUAGCCCAAGUUGAAGGCAGCCCGGCUGCGCUCGGGAGCCCCGGAGGCCGUGCUCUCCAGAAGAGGCGGGAGAGAGAGAGAGAGAGAGAGCGAGAGAGAGAGAGAGAGCGAGGAACAUGAACUGAAGAGUAACCAUGUAUGGGAAUUAUUCUCACUUCAUGAAGUUUCCCGCAGGCUUUGGCGGCUCCCCUGGCCACUCCAGCUCCACGUCUAUGAGCCCAUUGACAGCCUUGUCCACAGGGAAGCCAAUGGACAGCCACCCCAACUACACGGACACCCCCGUGAGUGCCCCACGGACUCUGAGCGCGGUGGGGACGCCCCUCAAUGCCCUGGGCUCUCCAUAUAGAGUCAUCGCCUCUGCCAUGGGCCCACCCUCAGGAGCACUGGCUGCGCCUGCGGGAAUCAAUCUGGUUGCCCCGCCCAGCUCUCAGCUAAAUGUGGUCAACAGUGUCAGCAUUUCAGAGGACAUCAAGCCCUUACCAGGGCUUCCUGGGAUUGGAAACAUGAACUACCCAUCAACCAGCCCCGGAUCCCUGGUUAAACACAUCUGUGCCAUCUGCGGGGACAGAUCCUCAGGAAAGCACUAUGGUGUGUAUAGCUGUGAAGGCUGCAAAGGCUUCUUCAAGAGAACCAUACGCAAGGACCUCAUGUACACGUGCCGGGAUAACAAGGACUGCCUCAUUGACAAGCGUCAGCGGAAUCGCUGUCAGUACUGCCGCUACCAGAAGUGCCUGGUGAUGGGCAUGAAGAGAGAAGCUGUGCAAGAAGAAAGGCAGAGGAGCCGGGAGCGGGCCGAGAGUGAGGCCGAAUGUGCCAGUAGUGGCCAUGAAGAUAUGCCUGUGGAGAGGAUUCUAGAAGCUGAGCUUGCUGUUGAACCAAAGACGGAAUCCUAUGGUGACAUGAAUAUGGAGAACUCGACGAACGACCCUGUCACGAACAUAUGCCAUGCUGCUGAUAAGCAGCUUUUCACUCUUGUCGAAUGGGCCAAGCGCAUCCCCCACUUCUCUGACCUCACCUUGGAGGACCAGGUCAUCCUGCUCCGGGCAGGGUGGAACGAACUGCUAAUUGCCUCCUUCUCCCACCGCUCCGUCUCUGUGCAGGACGGCAUUCUUCUGGCCACCGGCUUACAUGUCCACCGCAGCAGCGCCCACAGCGCUGGGGUCGGCUCCAUCUUUGACAGAGUCCUGACUGAGCUGGUCUCCAAAAUGAAAGACAUGCAGAUGGACAAGGCGGAGCUGGGGUGCCUGCGGGCCAUCGUGCUGUUUAACCCAGAUGCCAAGGGUCUGUCCAACCCCUCGGAGGUAGAGACUCUGCGAGAGAAGGUUUAUGCCACCCUCGAGGCCUACACGAAGCAGAAGUAUCCGGAACAACCUGGCAGGUUUGCCAAGCUGCUGCUGCGCCUCCCGGCCCUGCGCUCCAUUGGCCUGAAGUGCCUGGAGCACCUGUUUUUCUUCAAGCUCAUCGGGGACACGCCCAUUGACACCUUCCUCAUGGAGAUGUUGGAGACCCCGCUGCAAAUCACCUGAACGCCCCCAGCCGCAGCCCCCCCAGCCUGGGACUACCCCUGGGCGGGUGUGUGUGGACCCCCCCACCCUGCACACGUCCCGCUGCCUCCCGCCCCGACCCUUUCCCGUUCCAAUAAUGUGAUGCUUACAAUAAAGAAACCUUUCUACACGUGCGACUUUUAUAGGUGGUUUUGUACAGAUGUUCAAGGAAACCCUUCUUUGCAAUCUGAGGGGCUGGGGAUCUUUCUGGAAGUUCUUGGAAAAACUCACCAAGCCUCUGUACAUAUAAUUGGUUUAAAUUAUUUUUUCACUUGCCAUGGAAAGCAAACGAGCGAAUAAUAAAAUAAUAUAUAUGAUGUUGA